AUGUCUAGAGAUAGGUUUGCUUGGCUUCUGGGAAAUGUGCAUUUAGCAGACAAUUCAGUGAUGCCUGCUCGUGACUCACCAAACUAUGACAAGUUGUACAAAGUUCGCUUUUUAUUGGAUAUUUUAUCUGAAACUUUUCGUUCUUCUUACGCCCCUUCAAAACAUCAAUCUAUUGACGAAUCUAUGAUUCGUUUUAAGGGUCGCAGUUUUCUCAAACAAUUUAUGCCCCUAAAACCCAUCAAACGAGGGUAUAAAGUCUGGGUUCGAUCUGACGAGAAUGGAUACGUCUGCCAGUUUCAGAUAUAUGUUGGAAAAAUUAAUUAUCAACCUGAAAAAGACUUGGGCCAAAGGGUUAUUUUAGAUUUGACGGGAACUUUUUCAACUCUGUGCCAUUACAGAAGACACUUAAAGCAGAAUUUACUUAUGCAUGCGGCACAGUCAGGGCUAAGCGAAAAGAUGUCCCAAAUGACUUACAAUCUGACAAAGAAUUACAGACCCGAGGACAAUCUGACUGGAGGGUUAGCAAAGAUGGACUGGCAUUUAUAA